AUGGACGGAGCUCCUAGAGGUCGUGGCGCGAGAGGGCGCGGUGCUAGAGGUCGUGGCGGCAGAGUUGGCCGUGGCGGCAGAGCUGGUGGUAGAGCUGGAGGCCGAGCAGGCCGAGGUCGUGGUCGUGGACUUCCGGAGGAGUCGGGAGAGAGUGCGGCACCGAGUGUGCAUACUGCGUCGGUGACCCAGUCAGUUCCGUUGGCGGGUGAUGCCAGUGCGAGUGUUGGUUUGGGAGCGGGGGCUGCUCCGGGUGGGGGUGGCGCUCCGGCUCCGGGUCAUGAUGACUUAGUGGUGGGUUUGCUGACGCAGCUGUUGGCUCGUUUUCCGCCGGUGGUUCCACAGGGGGCUCCAGGAGUACCGCCAGUGGCAGAGGUGCAGCAUGUUGCUGCAGGCGUUGCGCAGCCGGAGGCUGUGGAUGCGGAGGAGGCAGACGCGUGGCGUCAGAGAGUGGAGCGGAACUUUCAUUCGAUCCGUUGUCCGAUAGAGUACUGGGUGGAGUUAGCGGUCCACUAUUUGAGUGGCGAUGCUCAUUUGUGGUGGCAGGCCGCGGUGGGCCGGAGGGCAUUUUGGACUUGGGGCGACUUCCUUGUGGAGUUCAACGCCAAGUAUUUCCCGAGGCAGGCUCGUGAUCGUCUUCAGAUGCGGUUUAUGGGCAUUGAGCAGGGUUCGCGUUCUGUACGCGAGUAUGAUGAGGAGUUCAGCCGUCUGUUAGUGCAUGCGGGCUUUGGUAUGGAGCUGAGCAUCAGUUGA